UAAAGAGGGGGGAGAGAGAGAGAGAGAGAGAGAAGGAGCGGAGGGCUGAAGGACCUUUUCGAAUUUGAAAAGAAAGGGUUAAUCGUUCUUGAAGCUCCAUUAUAUAUUCUGAAGAGGGGAGCUCACUGAUUCUCUCCUCCAGCAACUUUCCUUUCAAGUCACUAUCUCUCGUUUUCUUCUUCUCUCAUCCCAAUUUCCAAUUCUCAAAUCCACACAAGCAAAAUGAGAGAUCGAUCCACUGAAUUACCACCAGAAUGCUGGGAAUUGAUUUUCAAUUUCCUUGACCACCACCGUCACUUCGAAUCCCUCUCUCUAGUCUCCACCCAAUUCCUCUCUAUCACCAAUCACCUCCGUCGUUCCUUAAUAAUCUCCUCCCAAACAUCCCCUUUCCUUCCAAAUCUUUUCCAAAGAUUCCCAAAUCUCAAAGGAAUUGAAAUCCGUGAGUUCGACGGAGACCUCAAUUUCCUUCUCCAUCAAAUCUCCAAUUCAGGGUUGGACCUUGAAUCCCUCACUCUCUCUAGCCAAGACCACUUUCCCUUGAUGGGUUUGAGGGAGUUGGGGCUGAGAAUGAGAAAUUUAAGGAAAUUGAGUUGCUCGGAAAUGAAUUGUUUACAAGAUACUCAUCUUUUUGAAAUUGGGAAUUCGUUUCCAUUGCUUGAAGAUCUUAAUAUUAGUUUUCCGCAAUAUAAUUCACGUUUUGAUCCAAUUGGGUCCUUGGAUCUGCAGCGUUUUUCAGGGAUUGUAACUGAUGAAGGGAUCAUUCACUUGUCAAUGAAGCUCAAGAGUUUGCUUAAGAUUGAUCUUUCUGGUAACCAAUUCAUUUCUGAUAAAUCACUUCAGUUUUUAUCGGAGAAUUGUUUGUUGUUAAGGGAAAUAGUGAUUCGUGAGUGUGAUUUUAUAACCCAGAAUGGAAUUGGUUCGGUUAUGCGUAGAUGCAUUAAUUUGAAUUAUAUUUCGGUGGAUGGAAUUGGAAUCCCUUCUAUUGAACUGUAUUUUCAAGAAUCAUUUGUGUUUGCGAAAAAUUUAUCUGAAGUUAAUCUCUCACAUUCGUUUAUCUCCGAUGAAUUGCUUUCUUCGAUUGCAGACGCUUGUCUUCCACUAAAGAAACUGACUAUCUGUCAUUGCUAUGAUUUCACAUUUGUUGGAGUUUCUUAUUUGUUGUAUAAGUAUCAGUUUCUUGAAUACUUGGAUCUUGAAGGAGCAAAUUUUUUGACCGAUGAGUCCAUGAUUGAUUUGUGUGAGUUUCUUCGGAAGCUGACCUUUAUAAACCUUAGUUUAUGUUCUAAGCUGACGAGUUUGACCUUCUUUAUGCUUGUAAGUAACUGUUCCUUGUUGAAAGAUGUCAAAAUGGAGAGAACAAAUUUAGGGGUGGAAGAGUUUCUGGUGGAUUUUGGAAUCAACCCCUGUGUCAUGUCUCUAAACUUGGCCAGGAAUGAGAGUUUGAGUGAUGAAUGCAUAAAAAAGAUUGCAUUUUGUUGCCCCAAUUUGCAAGAGCUCAAGAUCAGCCAUUGCCCUACUAUUACAGAAGAAGGGAUUAGAGAAGUUUUAAGGAGUUGUGGUGAAAUAAGACAUUUGGAGAUGAAUCAUUGUUCAGGGAUAAAGUGUCUGGAUAUAGACUUUGAACUUCCUAAGUUGGAGGUUGUGCAAGCAGAAGGACCAGUACUGGAUGAUGAAGCAUUGAUGAUGAUUGCUAAGAGAUGCCAUGGAUUGUUGCAGUUGGACCUGGAAGGUUGCCUGAAUGUGACGAUAAAAGGGGUAAAUGGAGUGGUGCAAAGCUGUAUGAGAUUGAGGGAGAUAAAUUUGAAGUGGUGUGAUAAUGUGAAAGUUGAUAUCAUACCAAGAAUGGUGUUUUCAAGGCCAUCCCUGAGGAAAAUUAUCCCCCCAUGUAGAUUUAUUCCUACUGAUAAGCAGAAUAAAUUUUUUCUGCGUCAUGGAUGUUUAGUUUGCAAAGGCUAGUUUUCUGGAGCUCUUGGCUUUGCUCUCUUCCAAUUUGAUUGAGUAUUAUAGUUUUCAUUUUAGUUACUACUGUGAGAAAUUUGUUAGUGGAUUGUAUAUGUGUGUAAGCAAUCACGUUGUCGAUGCUUGAUAGAACUGAGACUUGUAAUAUUUGCAGGCUUGCAAUAAAUCUUUUUAGACGCCAGGUGUUUAUUGGUUGUAAA